AUGGAUACAACAUUUACAUAUCCAUUCCCAAUGCCUACCAACUACCAGGCACCAGGCAUCCCAUCAACUCAACCACAACCUACAACACCACCAUCAAAGGUCGAAGCACUGAUUAAGAAGAAUAAGGAACGUAUAGUUCCUAAACUAUUCCAACCAAUAACACUUGGCAAUGUAACUCUAAAGAACAGGAUAGUUGUAUCACCAAUGUGUCAAUACUCCUCAGUCGAUGGAUUCAUGAAUGAUUGGCAUCUUGUACAUCAUGGUACCUUUGCCAAAGGCGGUGCCGCACUCAUUCUCUUUGAAGCGUCUGCUGUCUGUCCCCAAGGUCGUAUCUCAGUACAUGACAGUGGUAUCUGGAAGGACGAGCAUAUUGCACCUCUAAAGCGUAUCGUAGACUUUGUACACAACUUCAAGGCUGUCGCAGGUAUACAGAUUGCACAUGCAGGUAGGAAGGCAAGCACUGUCCCACCAUUCCUUGACAAUGGUAGAGCAUUGAUGAAAGAGGAUAAGGGCGGCUGGAGCAAUGUGGAGGGUGCAUCACCGAUUGCGUUCAACAGUGAGAUGCUCGUGCCACACGAGUUGACAUGCGACGAGAUCAAGAGAGUGAUUGAACAGUUCAAGCAGGCGGCAAUACGUGUGGACAAAGCUGGCUUUGGCGCAGUGGAGAUACAUGGCGCUCACGGCUAUCUGAUCGAUUCGUUCCUAUCACCAACGUCCAACAAGAGGACUGACGACUAUGGUGGUAGCUUCGAGGGCAGGACAAGACUGUUGAUGGAGAUCGUUGGCGCUGUUCGAGGAGUGUGGCCAUGCGACAAACUACUGAUGGUGCGAGUCAGCUGCGAGGAAUGGGUGGACGAUGGCUGGCACAUUGACGACACAGUGCGACUUGCCAAGAUGCUGAAGGAGGCUGGCAUCGAUGUGUUGGACUGUUCAUCAGGCGGAAACUCUAGCACCCAACACAUCAAGGUGGCGCCCCUCUACCAGGUGCCAUUCGCAGAGCGUGUCAAGCGUGAGGUCGCUGGCCUCGGUGUGUCUGCGGUGGGUCUGAUCAACACACCAGAAGAAGCGAUAUCAGUGUUGGAGCAGGACCGCGCAGACCUCAUUAUGCUUGCAAGACCACUUCUCCGCGAUCCCUUCUGGCCACUACACGCAGCAACAUCACUUGGUCUUGAUGUAGACUGCUGUCUACAGUACACCAUGGGUAAAUACACAUGA